AUGUUCACCCUCCGCGCUCUCCUGCGGCCGCCCGCCCUCCGCGCCGCGCCCUGUCAACUCGCCGGCCUUUCCCUCCCCGCCACACGACAGCAUGCCCGAAUCCCUCCCUUCUCAGUAAUACGAAAUGAUGCCCGGCUACAACAACAAUAUCCCCGACUCUUCUCCCAGACGAUCCGGCGGCCGGCUGCGGGAAAGGGGCCCGGCGGCUACGACCCCCGCAACCCCGCCCACCGCGAAGUCCUCCGAGAAUACAACAUCCGCACCGCUAAGCCUCUCAUGACGGUCGAUGACAUCGGGCGCUUCUUCAAGUCCCGCGGCUUCGCCGGCACCGCCGUCGUGGCCGUCCUCGCGGGCAUCGCCUUUGUAUACUUCAACACCCAGACCGUCCCCGUCUCGGGCCGCAGGCGCUUCAACUGCUACUCCGAGGCCUCGGUCGAGACGCUGUCGGCCCAGCAGGUCAAGCGCGUCAUCUACGACGUCGAGUCCCAGGGCGGCCGGUUCCUCCCCUCGUGGGACCCGCGCGUGCUAAUGGUGCAGCGCGUCAUGCGCCGGCUGAUUCCCGUCUCCGGGCUCGAGGACCAGGACUGGGAGGUCCGCGUGAUUGACGACCCGACAACCCUCAACGCGUUCGUGCUCCCCGGCGGUAAAGUUUUUGUGCACAGCGGCAUCCUGCGCCUGACGCGCAACGAGGACGGGCUGGCGGCGGUGCUGGGCCACGAGAUCGCGCACAACCUCGCGCAGCACGUCGGCGAGCGCUGGACGCAGUCCAUCGGGCCCAACAUCUUUCUCGGCAGCAUGGUGAUACUUUCGGGCAUGUUCCCGCCGGUCAUGGCACUCGUGCAGUACCUGGGCACCGGGUUCAUGGAUCUCAUGUUUGCGCGGCCGAUGGGGAGAAAGCAGGAGAGCGAGGCGGACUAUAUUGGGCUGAUGCUCAUGGCGGAGGCGUGUUACGACCCGCGCGAGGCCAUUGCGUUUUGGCAGCGUAUGGAUAUGGCGGCUAAGCAGGGGCAAGCAGAAGAGAAUGAACAUCGAAUCGAGGAUUACCGGAAGUGGAUGCCCAAGGCCAUAGAAAAGUACGAGGCAAGCGACUGCCAGGGAAACGCUGGGUUCGCCAACAUGUUUAGACGGGCGCUGGAUAAAGGAAGCAUGAUUGUACAAUUUUAG